AGGAAAUGAUACAGUUGCUGUUGGUUGGUAUCACAGUUGUCGGAUCACAGCACAUGACACUUUGUGAUUAUUAUGAAAAACUUGGAAUAGCUAAAUCAGAAUGUGGACACAUUAUUAAACCACAGAAGGAUAUUGGUUUUUUCAAUCCUCCAUCUUACGACACACCAAACAAUUUUAGGUUCAACAGUUAUAAUCCUAGCAGUAACAAUGUGAACCCACAAUUUAACGUUUUUCGGUCAUAUUCCAAUGAUCUUGUUGGAUCCCUCCCAUUAUGUCGUAACUAUUUCCAUUCUUGUAUGACUUCCACAUCUUGCGAAUCAGGAACGAUAUGCACAAAUGGAUUAGAACAAGGAUCGUGUUGCACGAAUCCUAGCCAAGCUAGCUGCCCAUCUGUAACAUCUAUGAACAUCAACUGCAGAAAAUUGAGAAGUGUGAACUGGUGUAACAAUGAUUUCGACUGUCGGGGAGGAUCUACCACUGCUUCAAUGUGUUGUCCAACUGGCUGUAAUUAUAACAUGUGUGUACACGUUGGUGCACAAGUAUAUCACCCAAGAAGAAGCGUUGUCUUCAAAUCAUUAUCGACAGCAGCUACAACACCUGAUCAAUGUCCAGAUCCAUACCAAUUAGGGGUAAAAUGUGUGGCAGCUAGAGGUUCGAAUUGGUGUUAUACUGAUAGCGAUUGCCGUAGUGGAUUGUACACAAGAAAAUGCUGCGCCACAAAUUGCGGAUACAACACGUGUGUAAUGAAGUUCAAUGACAAGUGGAUCAUCGCCUAAUCUCAAGUGUCAUCAGAAUCAUGAUUAUGUCUGUAAAUACCAUAACUUUUUUUCAUUAUUGGGGUCUUUCUCUGCAGAACCAGUUACUAAAUUUCUACUCAGAAUCAUUCAUCUCUUUCCUUUUUGUGCCCAUUUAUUUUAUCCGAGUGUGUCUGUUUUGUUCGAGAAGAAUUUAAUUUAUAUCAGAAUAUACUACAUUUAGAAUUGAAAAAACAUGAAUGAAUGAGAAAAAAG